AUUGUCGUACGUCGAUCGUACGAUUUUGGCGCGGUGUCUUAUCAAACGUCGCAGAUUUUCAUAAUCGUACGAUUAUCGUAAGAUCAUGCAUUUUUUCUGCGAUCGCUGAGAAGCAGUCGCAGAUCAAACAAAAUGGCCGCCUUACUACUUGUAAACGAACGCCGCCGACGAAAAUCACGCUGUUUUCGGCAACGAACGGUUAAUAUUGAUGACUUAACCGAUCGAGAAGUCAUUUCCCGAUACAGACUCAAUAAAGCAGCGAUUAAAGAGUUGGAGGAGCUCUGUCGGGCUGAUCUUUCCCCUAAAACGGGUAGAUCGCAGUCUAUUUGCAGCAUGACGAAGGUAAAUGUAUCGAAGUUUCACUGUAUUUAUUACUCUCUGCAUUGUGUUUACAUUCGCAACUAAGCAGUUUGACCUUAACCUUGAUUUAUUUUUAGCCCAAGCAUUAUGGGUAAACAUGGCGCUGUGUUAUGUGUAUACAUACAAAAACAUUAGACUUGGAUCCACAAUAACACGGCUUUAAUUAGAGCUUUGAUAACAAUGCCGUUGUAAAAGAAAGGAAAAGUGAUGUUAUUAACAAAUUCAAUAAUUCUUAAUACGUCAGAGGAGAGGAAUUUCGAGGAAUUUGGCUGAAUUUGUAGAUAUUAUGAUGCGUAAACAAGGAGUGCAUAACUCCAUAGCCAUAGGCAUAGGAUGAUCUGAUGAUAGGAGGAUUAUUUAAACCGGUUUCAUUACCUGUAAAAAUGGGCAAACGUGUUUUGUUAUGAAAUGUAAACACUGUUCAUUUUACAUUUAAUGGCUGGCAAUAUCAACAGUUGCUGAAGUUACGAGAAAUCAGUAAUAAACGAUAAAGGAUUAAUAAUUAUCAGCUGUUUAUGACAUAGCACUCGUCCAUGUCGUCUAUUAUUAAAGCUUAUCAUAAGUAUAGCACUAGCAGGUAAGAAUAAUUUCUUUACAUGAUAGCUAAUAAGUUCUGAGUUUCACAGCCCAUUGAAUAUAAAUGUCAUAUUUUAGGUAUGUAUAAUAAAAGCCAACACUUGUUAGUAUUCUUUUUUUUCUUUACAUGUGUGUGUUUUUAUUUAUCUCGUUGCCACGAGAUACUAUGUCGUGGCCACGAGUUACUAAGUCACAGUGACGCUAAGUGUUAAAUUAGCACAAGUCAAUAAGUUGUAUAAAUUGCACUUUUACAGGCCGGUGAAGUAGGGGUAUCCUUGUACUACAGCACAUGUCUAGUUAAUUGGGGAAAGUAACAUAAAUGGUGUAAUCUGAUUGGUUAUUUAUCACGUGACCACAACUUAACUAUCUCGUGGCCACGACAUAGUAUCUCGUGGCCACGACUUAGUAACUCGUGGCCACGACAUAGUAUCUCGUGGCCACAAGAUAAAUAAAAACACACACAUGUCACAUUUGUGCCACCGUAAAAAUCAUAUAAGAUCUAGAUAUAUUUUUAUCAAAGUAAUUUUAUUUCAAGCACAUCAAUAAAGCAAUUCGACUUUCAUUCUUUGCAGGUUCUUAUUGGACUUUGAUACCUCGCAAAAGGCGAUUUCAUAUCAGAAGUUGGAGACCUCCACGGGGUGUCUAAAGCCAGAGCUGCCAUUUACAUUCACCAAUUCAUACAAAGUGUAAACCUUCGAUUAAAGAAUAUUAGAUUUCCAACUGAGAGGUCAAGAUUACAUCAUUUGAAGAGGAAAUUCUAUGAGAAAUGUAGAAUCCCAAACGUAAUCGGAGCAGUAGAUGGAACCAGUCAUCCCUAUUCAGGGUCCAUCACAGGAUGAGGCAGCUUAUGUCUGCAGAAAAGGGUUCUAUGCUCUUAAUGUUCAGGCAGUAGUCAAUGCUGAAAUGAGAUUCACAGAUGUUGUUUCAAGGUGGCCUGGUUCACAGCAUGAUGCGGCCAUUUUCAAUGCUUGUGGGUUAAAGACACAUUUAGAACAAAGUAAUAAUGGGUUGUUAAUGGGGGAUAGUGGGUACCCUCUUAGGAGGUACCUCUUGACCCCAAAGGUGAAUCCGACAACACCACAAGAGGAAGCCUUCAAUAAACACCAUAGCAGAGGCAGAAUGGUGGUAGAAAAAGCCUUUGGUAUACUGAAGUCACGUUUCAGAUGGCUACACAAAAGUGGUGGUGUUCUACCGUUUUCACCAGAAAAGAGCAGCCAAAUUGUGGUAGCAUGUAUGAGGCUACAUAACUUUUGUAAAACUAGAGGAGUACAAGAGCCUGUGGAGAUCAUCACACAGGAUGAUGAUGAUGAUGAUAAUAAUUUACCAAAUGGAGAUGACAGAAGUAAUAAUAACAUUAGACAGGAAUUAAUUAAUUUAUUCUGAAAAAAUGUUUUUAAGACAUAGAAAUUAAAAUAUAAUUACUUGUUCUGGUCACUUGAAAUAUAACAUUUCACUCAAUUAAAACAAUUAAAUCUAUGUUUUGAUCUCAAUUUAGCACCCAUGUAUUACUUAAAAGAAUUACUUUGUAUUUCACAUAAACCAAAAUUAGCACAGUACAGUAGUUAACUUAUUGUCAGAGUCAACGAUACCUUUGAUAAGAAAAAAUUAUAUUUGUAAUGAAUAAUAAACAUUAAAGGGGUUAAGUAGUAAUAUUAAAUAAUAUAAGUAAACUAUACAUGUGGAAGCUAUUCAGUUAAUCUGUUGAAUAUUAAUUUGUGAUUUCAUGAAAAAUACAUUAAUUCAUUGUGAAAAAUAACUACUAAAAAUAUAGCUUUCAGAAAUAUCCCCUUGUCUUACAACUAUACCUGUUAAAUAUUAAUAAUUCAAAUACUGCACAUUUUUUAACAUCAUUUUUCAUUGGAAUACAAUGAUGUUUAAAUUUAUGAUUGAAGAAUUUUUUUCCCUCUAAAAAUGUUGUUUGCUGUAUUAUGACUUUGUUACAAAGAUUUCUGAUAAGUUAUAUGGCCAUUUAAAAGAAUUUGUUUGCAAAUUAUAACCCUCACCUUGUGACUAGGUUAUAUAAGCAAACAACCAUUUAAAUGGGGUAAUAUAACCUGUCAAAAUUCUUUUUUAACUAACAGUAUAACAAGUUUCAUGUUGAUGUCUUUUAUAGCUUUUAAAUCAUUCUAUAUUACAGGCAAUUAUGUUAAAAAUUCUAAAUUGCCUAAAAUUCUAAGUUUAAAAAGGACUUAACUCUUGCAACUAUCAUAAUUGCUCAACUGUUACUUCAAAACAAACAUGGUUAAAACAAUUCAAAAUACAGAUAGGACAGAAGUGUUUCCUGAUAAAAAUAGACACCAACACUAUGUUAGGGAGGGUGGGUGCUUAAAUGAAAAUUUUACAAUGACUAUAAAUUAAUGAUUAAGAAAUAAUAUAUCCUAAAUUUUGAUUUUAGUGCUAAAUAAAAUCACUGUUCGGAGUCCAGAUGUAAGAAAUUACAUCACGGGGGCAAAGCCCCGUUGAUAUAAUGCUGCACAUCUGAAGGACAAACAUUGAUUUUAAUUUAUCAAUGGUUAAAUUUACUGAUUGAGAUAUAUUAUUUCAAUCCUAACACAUGUCAACUAAUAAAUGCUGCAGUACCCGAUAUUAAGCUAACUUGUGCCUGUAAAGUUUCCAUAUUAAUAUUCAGCUCGUAAAAUUUUUAAUGGUUUCAUCAAAUGUCCAAAUUAAGAAUGUCAACAUUGAUUUUAUGACCAUUAUAACACACAAUUUCGGUUCUUCUGAGUUCAUAAGGGAAACAUACAUGUCGUGUUAGAAUUUUAAAUAAGUUUGUCUAAUCUUUUUUUUAUGCCAUCUAAAGACUGAUUUAAUGUUUUUAAUGUUGAAUUCAAUUCUGUCAUAAUUGCAGUCUGUUGUUCAACAAGUUGAUAUAUGUCAUCCUCUGUUUUCUCUGAAAAAUGAAAUCAAAAUAACUCAGUCUAAAAGAUUGAUGUAUGUACAAUUUUCAUGUACAUACUUAGUGGAACAAGUUUAGAUAUGGUCAAUUUGCAAAAAGUGCAUUUAAGUUACAAGAAAUUACUUCCAAAACACACUGCAUUAUAUAAAUAGUUUAUAUUCUGAUUCAAUGUGCAAGUACUGUAUUUCAAUGUACUAAUAAUGCCUCAAAUCAAGUUAUGGGGGUUUUUGUGUAUGAGUAGUUAAGGUUGUUUUCUUCACAUCACCUGCCCCACACGGCUGUGUGUUUAAAACCCAACAGAGACUUUGGUUUUUUUUUCCUUUUGUGGAAGCUACACGUAUCUAUAUCUUAUGGGUGAUCUGUGGUUCUACUCAAGUGCAUGCUUUUCAAGGCCUCAGUUCGCAAUCACUAGUAUGUUGAAUCAUGCAAGUUAAUAAAUGAAUAAUAAUAGAAUUGGAGUAAUACUAUAACAUAAUAAUACUUACUGUCAUAUUUUGCCUUCUUUGGCACUGGCUCAUUAUCACCUACAAUUUAAUGUGCAUGAGUAUUAUUGAAUUAUUUCAAGCUUGAAUAAGAAAUAAAACGACAGUUGUUUAUGUUAAUGAAGGUAUUUUUUCAUAAAUAUAUAUGUAUACAAGUUUCCAGAAGAUUUUAGAAAGUUUUUCUUUUUGAGUUUUUGGCACACUUAACCUCAGUUAAAUAGAAUGCAACAAUCCUAUCAUUUUUUAUAAAAAGUGACAUGGUGUGACUAUAAAUAAUUUCAACAAUACAUGUCAACAUAUAUUAUUGAUAAGACAUUAUGUACUUUGUUAAAUUGCUGAAUAAACAUUAUGUAAAGUUAA